AUGAAGAGCCGUUGGUAUUGCUAUUCUGAUGACAAUACCUGUUUCCCUCCGCAGAUAAAUGCCCGUUUGUACUCCCAGUUCCACGGGAGUAAGCGGGGCAUCGUACACGCUAGCUGCCACGCCACGCUUUUUGGAAUGGGAACACCGACUCUAAAAAGAGGUUCUAACAAUGUUGCUGGCAGCCGAAUCACUAAGCGUGUACUUGAGACCGCCUAA